CAAGCAGCAUCUCUUCACUGCGACACAAAAACACAAGGACGCCAUGGUGAGAUCCUCUCAGUGGUGUGGCAUGCUCUGUUGGGCCCUUUUGGGCUAUGCAGCCGCAAUAGACGUGAAAGGCGAUCUAUGGCAGUGUGCUCCUAGGCCAGAUUCCUGCGAUGGUCACAGGGAGAAGUUGGUGAAGAAGAACACACAGAGAAUGGCAAGCAGAAUGGCUGCCCCCUUCAUGGUAGAUUGGAAUGGCGAUGGUCACAUGGACCUCCUGGUCGGCGAUAAGGAUGGAACCAUUUGGUACUACGAGAAGAACGCGACUGAUGGGUUGCUCAACGCGAAAGUGGGCGAUGCAUCGCCCUUUCGGAUGAUCCAGCGCGUCACAGGCUAUGCUCCAGCAGGGCCAGUGGCAGUCGAUUGGGACCGGGAUGGAGAAUUGGAUUUGAUUCUGGCGAGAGCAGGCCAUAUCAGCUUCUUCAAGCGUAUUAAUGGGGAGCUGGUUUGGCAGGAUGGAGACAAGAACCCAUUCCAAGGCAUAACUUUUAGCCAUAUUGCCCCACGUAUAAGCGUGGCAGACUGGGAUGGUGAUGGCGACAUGGACUUGAUCCUUCCAAGGGGAAGGGGUUUGGCCUACUUUGAACAAGUGGAUGGAAAGCUCGUGGAGCGCACAGGUGACUCAAACCCUUUCAUGAAUGUGCAGGGGGCUUUUAUCGACAAUGCACGUGGCUGGGAUGGAAAUUAUGGUGCACCUCACGCUGUGGACUGGGAUGGAGAUGGUGAUCUCGAUUUGAUUUAUGGCCAAGUUGAUGGUACAGUACUUUUCUUUGAACGCUUGGCAAGCGCACGCCUGGCACAGAGGAAUGGCAUUGCCAAUCCCUUUGGCAGGAUAAAGGUGGGCCACUUUGCAGCAGUUCAGGCCGUCGACUACAACGGUGACGGCCGCACAGAUGUGCUGACUGGAAAUCAGGAUGGCCACGUGACGGUCUACGUCCGUGAGCGAGAUGUUCGCUUGCAAGAGAGGGAAGGCAUCGCCAAUCCAUUUUAUGAUAUCGGCAUCCUACGCAACGCGGUCCCAGCGGCGCCAAUGAGGGACGAAACCGGAGCCUUGUACUUCAUGUUUCAAGAGACCCAAGAAAAAGUCACCAACGACACCGUCGCACGCGUACAGCUCUUCAAACGCUUGGAGGAUGGCAGUUUCGAAAACGUCACAAGGCACAGGCCUCCGAGGGAGGCUCAAUACGCAGUAUGGUUGCAAGCAGGGAGGACCUUGAUCAUGGAUUGGAAUGGGGAUGGCGAGAAUGACAGGUUGACCAUUUAUCACAACGGCACCAUCGACUACAAGGAGAACGUCAACGGGAACUUGACCGACCUGGGCACCGAGAGUCCAUUCUACGGACUUAGCUUUGGCUCUGCAUUCUCAGAUGCCAAUGUCUCAGGCUACUUGCCGCUGGACCUUUACGGAGAUGGCCGGAAGGAACUACUUGUAGCUGAAUGGGGCAACAAAAAGUUGAGGUUCUUUGAGACAGCCUGGUGCGCGCUACCCAAUUCUUGCAACAACAGAGGCGUUUGUGCCAAGAAUACUGGGAAGUGCUCCUGCAUGCUGGGCUAUGCUGGGCCAGACUGCUCUCAGUGCACUGAAAGCUUCUUCACCGACUUCAGCGACAAGUUGAGCGACUAUCCAGGUUUUGUGUGCCGCGCAUGUCCUGGAAGGUUGGGCAAUGGCACCUGCAGUGGUCGAGGCAUUUGUGAAGACGACCAGAGCCUGAAGGAACAGGUCAAAGCGGAGGCGCCUUUCACGUCACCACUGCAAAUGGCAUUCAUACGUGGCGAGGGGACUUGCUCGUGUAGUCCGAGCUUUACUGGGGCCAACUGUGAAGAAGGCAUGUGCCCAGCUGGCACUGAGUAUGCUGAGCAUUCCAUCAUCGCGCACUGCGAAGAGUGUGAGCCCGGUUUCUACAAGCCCGAGAUUGACAACACCGCCCGUUGCCGAACAUGUCCUCCUCAUUACUACACGGCAAAAUCUGGCACUGCGACCUGUGAAGAAUGCAUCGGCUCUUUGUUCAUUUAUUCUGUCAACAAGGAUCACACAGAAUGCCGCAUGGAUUUUACAGCCACCUUGCCUGUGCUCUUCGGAAUUAUUUGUUGGUCGCUGACAUUUUACUUUGCGCCCAUGGUUUUUGGGUUGCCCAUCGUGAUCGCUGAUAUCUCCUUGGGGCCUUACCUUCCAAGCGAGAAGCGCGAUGAAGAAGGAGAGAAGGCUGGCUGCUGCAGGAGCCGUGCCCGUCGCUAUGCAAACGAAGGCUAUCUCCGCGAUAGGUCGUGCAGAGGUGAAAACUUGCAGUGCGUCAAGGUGAAAUCCCAUGGGAACCACUUCCUCUUGAGGGGUCAACGCGCUACCAUCUACUUCCGUGGAACCGGUGACCCACGUUUAGACACGAAGCGCUUUGACUUCAAAGUGGAAGGUUUGACUCAUCAUGAGCUCUUGUUGCUGAAUCUGGACGGAACACCCGUGAGCAGCAAUCAUGACUCUUCAACGGGUUAUGUCCAGGUAAAGCACCAGCAUGCUAUGCUGCGCAUGGGGAUGUUUGGCCUGCCCUUCAUCGUUUGGACGAUCUUGCCGAUUGCUGGCUACGCAGCUUUGCUGGCCUACUUGAACAGCAGCGCCACAAAGUUCCUGCCAAGCACCAGUAGCCUUCAUGUGGCGAUCGGCUGCCUCAUCUCGAUCAUGUUGCACAGCUGCCGCUACAAGAACCUGGCGCGAACGCGCCUGAAAAAGGACAUCAGAAGCUUCAUCCAGAGGCUGAAGACGAAGAAUCCCAAUCCAGCUCGAUGCCCACGGGGGCCAUCUCGGGCCAUCACCGCAGGACAGUUGAAAGAGUUUGACUACUACUUUCACGGCUAUCAUGGCUCACACCGAACGAUGUACUACGUGUGCCACAACAUCAUUCUCCAGCUGACGCACCCAUUCAAACUCUCGUAUGCGGAGUUGGCUGGCCCGACCACAGUGACCUGGUUCGUGUCCCACUACUGGGGGACAUCUUUCCGUCACUUUGUGGACACCAUUAGCAAGCACAGCGAUCAGUGCCCAAUACUAGGACGCAGGCCCUCCCAGCAGCCCUAUUGGAUUUGCAGCUUCAGCAACAAUCAAUGGGCAGUCGAAGAGGAAGUUGGGAAGAACUGGGAUGAGUCCUCCUUCUAUUUGGCGAUGAGAAGCGAUGCUUGCAGAGGGACGGUGAUGGUCUUCGACGAAGACGCGCUGCCUUUGACGCGAUCUUGGUGCCUCUUUGAGCUGCUUCAGACGCAUCACUUCAAACAGACGCGGGACACCUUUGCCGGCUUGAUGCUUUGCUCGGCGAACGGAGUGAUGAACAAGGGCAACGGCUCCUUCGACUUGGCCAUCAAAGUGAGCCACAAAUUGGCCAACUUGGAUCUCCGGGAGGCCAGAGCCAGCAAGGAAUCCGACAAACAGAUGAUCGAGGAACUUGUGAGGCGUCAAGCAGGGUUCAAGAAUGUACGCACCUUUCUGACCAAUGCUGUGGAGGAGGUGCUACUUGCUACCCGUGCACGCUUCCAGGAUAAGAUGACCGAACUCCAAACCUCUUUGGCCUUGACACAGAGCGAUUCGCCCACGCACAGGAAGGAGCCGGAGCCUGAAGCUCCCAUGGAGAUAGACCCUGAAAAAGAGAAGCGACCUGCGCUGCUGGGAUCUUUGCGCAAGGCUUACACAAGCUUGAAGAGCUUGGAGCGAGUUCUCAAGCGAUCUGGAUCGGGACAAUCCAGCGACGGGAAAACUCCAAAAGAAGAUCUAGAACAAGGAGUCAUCCCAGAGGAGGCCCCAAUGUCUCCAACGAAAGACAAAAAAGACGAGGAAGCUCCAGAUGAGGAGGACAGGCCCAGCAAAGCGGACUUGUAAAGAGUGUCCAGGCUGCUGAAGCUUCUGCCCCGUUUUUUUUCGCGCGGUGUGGGUUUCCCUGGACUGUGUGGCAGUGAAGAUCAUCACGAAGCCUCCAGCUUUUUUCAAAGUCAAUGGUG